UUCUUCGCAGUGCAGCAUAACCCACCACUUCUUUGUAUAAAUCUUGAACAAGGAAAGAAAAUAAGUUAAUUCAUUUUUUUAGCUAGAAAUGAAACAAUUCUAUUCUCUCGCCUCAAUUUUAAUCGCAUUACUCCAUCUCCAACUCCUCCCCACAGCAGUUUCCAACUCAAAACAGGUACCUACAGAUUUCUCAAAAGUCGGAUCAUGGGUUGUCAACAACAUCAAAGGCUAUAACCAGAGAAAAUCCGAUGCCUCCAAAGGAAUUCCACAUAUUGCUGUGGACAAGCGCUUGGCCUUUGCCGAAGACUGCGUUAGGGUGAUCACGGUUGCAAAGCAUGCUUUCGCCGAUUUUCAAACAAUUACUGAUGCCAUUCAUAGCAUUCCGGUAGACAACAAGCAAAGAACCAUCAUUUGGAUUAAUGGUGGAGAGUAUUGGGAGAAAAUCACGAUUAACAGCUCCAAGCCGUUUAUUACGUUUUAUGGGGAUCCAGGGGAUAUGCCCAAGAUUGUGUUUAACGGGACGGCGUCGCAGUAUGGCACGGUCUACAGCGCCACCGUGGCCGUAGAGAGCAAUUACUUUAUGGCCGUGAAUGUGGCGUUUGUGAAUGCAGCUCCAAUGCCAGAUGUGAAUAGAACAGGAGCACAGGCGGUGGCCAUGAGAAUAUCAGGAGAUAAAGCAGCAUUUCACAACUGCCAAUUCGUGGGGUUUCAAGACACCUUGUGCGAUGACAGGGGCAGGCAUUUAUUCCAGGACUGCUACGUUCGUGGCACUGUGGAUUUCAUCUUUGGAAAUGGAAAAUCGCUCUACCUGAACACAACCAUCGAAUCGGUUGCUGAAGGCACAGGGGUGAUCACAGCUCAAGCCAGAAAAAACGUAACUGAAGACAGUGGAUUCACAUUUAUAUACUGCAACAUUACAGGGAUCGGCAACAACACUUACCUUGGCCGUGCAUGGAAGGAGAGGCCUAGGGUGGUGUUCGCUUACACGUACAUGGGCAGCCUCAUUAACGAUGCAGGAUGGUCCAUUGGCAAACACCCUGAAUCCAAUGAGACUGCGUACUAUGGAGAGUACAAGUGCAGGGGACCAGGUGCUAGCUCCUCCGGCCGAGUCAAGUAUGCAAAAAUGUUAUCAGAUGAAGAAGCAAAACCCUUCUUGAGCAUGACUUAUAUCAAUGGAAACAAGUGGCUUAUUCCACCUCCAAAGUUUUAGUUACUGGGUCGAUUCAUAUUACGCAACACAAUCAAAGAUAAUAUGAUCUUCACAAGAACUAGUUGCCAAAAUCAGUGUUGCCGCCAUACUCUUAACUCGUUGUAAGAGGCCCAAUCCCUAUAUUAACUGAGGAGAUGUUCUAUUUU